CUUGCGUUUUACGUCACGCCUUCACUUACCCACGUACAGUAUCGCAGACUGAAAGCCAUCUUGGAAACCUUCCAACGCUUAGAAGACCUACGAAGCCCAGCUGCUUAGAGCCCCGUUCGCCAGCAGUCGUAUAGGUGUCAUCGCAAACAAUAUUAUUAGCGAAUUACGAACGAAAGUCGCACGCCAAGAUGAGUAGCGGCAUGGACAAGCACCUCUUCAAUUUGAAGUUCACCGCAAAACAGCUGCAGAGACAAGCCAAGAAAUCCAGCAAAGAUGAGGCGGCUGAAAAAGCAAAGCUAAAGAAGGCAAUUCAGCAAGGAAAUAUGGAAGGGGCACGAAUCUACGCCGCGAACGCCAUACGGAAGAAGAAUGAGUCCCUCAACCUCUUGCGGCUAGGUUCCCGGAUAGAUGGAGUCGCCGCGCGCGUGCAGACUGCGGUGACGAUGCGGAAAGUGUCGACGUCGAUGGCUGGGGUGGUUAAGGGGAUGGAGAAGGCUAUGUCGAGCAUGAACCUUGAGCAGAUAUCGAUGGUAAUGGACAAAUUCGAGCAACAAUUCGAAGACCUCGACGUGCAAACACAAUACAUGGAGUCCUCGAUGGGACAAACAACCGCCAUGUCAACACCACAGGACCAGGUCGAGGACUUGAUGCAGCAGGUGGCCGAUGAAAACGGGUUGGAGCUCCAGAUGGAGAUGCCAGGUGCCGCGACGGGGACGUUGGCGAAUAAGGCGGAGCCUGCGGAUAAGGAGCAGGAUAAUCUUACGGAGAGGCUGGCAAAGCUUAGGAAUGGAUGAUCAUGACGAUGAUGGCAGAGUGUUUUGUGGGUCCUCGUGUUGUUGCAUUGUCAUCAUUGUCAUGGUGGCAGACGGACGUUUUCAAUCAUAUUCUGGAAGCACUACAGAUGAAAACGACCACAGAAUCUUGAGAUG